AUGUUUAUGUCACUUUGCCACGUGUUAAAAAACCAAUAUCCGGACGAAUAUUUACAUCACGAUUUUUAUUACGACGACAUCGAAAGCAAAAGUUUUAGAACUUUGGGAAAAAGAAAAUCGAAACCUUGGAAAUACAGGAUUGGGGUAAGCGAACAACAUCACGGUUGGAAAAAGGAUGGAGACAAUUCGGAUUAUAAAGAUGAUGAUGACAAUAGCGGAGAAGAUGAAGAUGAUUACACAGGUUCGACUAGGAAAUUACGUCAUUAA